CGUCAUCAUCAGCACCAGGCCCAAUUCCACACGAGCCCACACGAUCGUGUGGAUCAAGAUCAAGAUCAAGAUCCACACGAGAUUCUUUGCACUACGAAUCGUCAUAAACACCAGAAAAACAUUAGGACACUAUAACCAAGACAGACAGCAACAAUAAGACUGAGAAGGUCACCAUGGGUGCCUGGGGGUCAGACUUUGCUGCCUUGGAUUUCAACUUUGCUUCUGAUGCUCCAGUGAUGUGCCCGUUGUGCCCCAAGAGCUUCACAGUGACCCAGGACUGCAAGCUUCUCUUGCAGCACCUUCUGGAAGCUCACCACCUCAUCAUUGGGGAGGUGGAGCAGGUGGCUGAUCUCAGACAAUAUAUCCUGUACUGGGGAAAGCUGCGUCACCUCAAGUUGCAAGACUACUGUGUGGUGUUCAGCACAUCCAGUGAACCUGGUGUCCCUGCUGCUGAUCCUUCUCCAGCCAACACUUAUUACCUUCUCUGUGACAAGCUUCCUGAGGACUACAAAUUGAGGCAUUCAUUAAUGCAAAUGAAACUGAGACAUGUGGUAGAACAAAAGGAGAGGGAACGACAAGAUGUGAGCUUUUCACGACAAUGUAUUUACUGCAGUGAGAUACUGACAGGAGGUGUAACCAACUGCUUCCAGCACCUGACUCAGCAACACAGCUUUUCCCUGGGCAAUCCCGACAACAUAGUGUUUGGGGCUCAGCUCUUGGAUAUUCUCCAUGAGAAAUUGAGAAACUUGCAAUGUUUGUGUUGUGAGAAAAUCUUCAAGACACACAAGAUGCUGCGAGAACACAUGAGGAAGCAGCAGCACCGUUGUCUCAACCCCAAAAACAAAGUUUAUGACAAAUUUUACCUGCGCAACUAUUUGAGGCCAGGAAUGCCUUGGGAAGAGACCAAACGGAAUCUGGAUGAAGAGAGUGACACAGAAAGUCUGAGUGAGGAUGCUGGGCAGGCUGUGAAGUGUAAGGAUGAGCCAGCAUGGACUGACUGGCUGGAAGUCAGCAUUCAUCCCAUCACUUGCCUCUUCUGUUCCUUCACCACGACAAAGGUUCCUGCAGGUCUGUUCAGCCACAUGCAGGUUCACCACAACUUUGACUUCCAGCAGAUCACUCACAACUUCAACUUUUAUCAGAAAGUAAAAGUUGUCAACUACAUCCGAUGUUGUAUGUUGGAGCUACAGUGUUUGCAAUGCCAGAGUGUGUUUGCCACCCAAGAGGCCCUGCAGGAGCACAUACACAACUUUUCACACUGCACACUUCCUAAUCCACUUGUUUGGGACUUGCCACAAUACCACAUCCCAGUGUGUGACAAUGAUGGUCUGCUGCAACACCUGGAGGAUGGCGAGAUGGAUGACCCACAAGGCUCCUUGACAAGUGUGGCUGACCAGGUGGUGUACCCUGAAGACAUACAGCCACUCAAUGACUCCAUCCUGUACAGUUCAUCUCUGCGAGAGGAACUCACACAGAAUGAGGACAAGGAAGUUGAUCUGGUGGUGACAUGUUUGUUCUGUGGCUAUACAGUUCCUGGGGAGCGUGCCCAUAUGCUUGUGUAUGCACAUAUGAGCAUCUUGCAUUGCUUUGACUUCCCAGAGGUGGUGAGCGGCCUCUCCUACUACACACAGGUGAAAUUGAUCAACUUCAUUAGGAGAAAGACGGCCCAGAAAGAAUGCCACGUAUGUAGUCAGGUGUUCCAGGACCGGGGAGCCUUGGAGGAGCACCGGGUUUUGGCCAGCCACACAUCCCUGCCUCCCAGUCAUCUCUUUCAGGAUCAGAGCUGGCUCAAACCCAUACUGGAAGGAGACGGUCUGCUGCAGAGACUGAGAGAGGACGGGGACUCCGAUGAUGAGGAUCCAAGUCUGCCGGACUCAUCAAGGGAAGAGGUCAUGUUUGGGGAGGAUGUAAAGCUUCCACAAUUAACCAGCCAGCUCCAGGCUAUUACUCUGGAACUACUCAAGAAUGAUGACUCCUGACACUCCUGUAUCUCAUGCUAAUGGAAACAACCUUAAAGAAAAUGGAUAUUUAUAUUGA